AUGUUGAGAGCGUGGCACAUUUUAACAUUGACCUUGCUUAGCCUUGGCAUUCAUCAAUGUCUAGCCGUACCCAUGCGAAUUUAUAAUGGCAUCGACACCGAUAUCACAAAUGCCCGAUUUAUGGCCCAGGUGAAGACACGAAGAGGUGGAUCCUUUGAAUGUGGUGCUGCCAUUGUGUCCAAGAAAUAUGUCAUCUCUGCUGCCCACUGCUACGAUAACAGUGAACCGGAUUACUAUAAAGUAAUCGUGGGCGAAGAUGAAUUGGAAAGAGAAAAUUCAAGCAACAAAACCUAUCCCAGUGCCACACCCAAGUCCUUUGGAGUUACAGAUAUAAUUACCCAUCCAAAAUAUCGUGAAGGUAAAUUGGACUACGAUGUAGCUCUGCUGCGUCUCAAUGGUGACAUAGAAUUCGAUCGUCUCUAUAUCGACAAGGUGAAAUUAUGUGAAAAACCACCCAAGCCUGGAGAGAAAAUGGUUGUCUACGGUUGGGGCAACACACGCGAUGUGGAAGAUGAAGAAAGUGGCACAAGCUAUUCGAAUAAAUUGCAACGUAUCGAUGCACCAAUUAUGCCACAACCGCGUUGUGAAGAAAUCCAUGCACGUGAAAAUCGUCCCAUUACGCAUACAAUGUUUUGCGGAGUUGUUGAGGAGGGUAAAGAUGCCUGCCAGGGAGAUUCAGGCGGACCGGCGAUAUUGAAUGGCGCUCUCUGUGGCAUUGUUUCGUGGGGUAUUGGUUGCGGCAGUGAUGAUCAUGCUGGUGUUUAUACCAGUGUUAUGGCAGUCAAGAAAUUUAUUAUGAAUACAAUAAAGAAGAAUUAA